CCUCAUUUAGGGGCCAGUGUUAGCUAGGUUAGCCAGUCGGACAGGCAGUCAGCGAAGCAACAGUUGUUUUUCCUCCAUCAUACCAGGGCCAAUUAAGAUUGACAGAGUAUAUAGUUAUAAAGAAUCGACUGCUAUGACGAGAUGGAGAAGCUAGAGUCUACGUCGGAGCUCCAGUCCAGACUGUCGUCUCUGUCAGUUUCCUCUUUCUCUGGUAUAGCUUCCAAAAACUGCGACUCAAACCUCUUGGACAGACUUCAAAGCACAGAUCUUUCCCAAGCAGUCAUUUAUCCUGACAACCAAACUGAAAUGGAUGACAACAGCAAUGCCAAGGGAUUAGAACAGUCCACUGAGGAUCAAGAGAAACGCUGUGAGCCAGGUGCAGGUGACUCACAGGGGCACAGCACCAGUGAGAAAACCUCACUCCCUGGGGACAGAAAGGCUUUGCCGCCGUUGCAGCCAGCCUCCACGUGGACCGCCACGGCACUGAAGGAGCUGAAAGCCAAGCUGCGACAGGAGAAGGACAGUGUGGUGACCAUCUACCGUGGCGACAUCAUGACUGUGAAUGUGCCCACUGUCCCCGAGGCCAAGCGCGUGUGCUGGGAGUUUGCUACAGACGGAUACGACAUCGGCUUUGGGGUCUACUUCGACUGGUCUCCUGUCACCAGCCGAGCUAUUACGGUACACAUUAGUGAAUCGAGUGACGACGAGGAUGAAGAUGAUGAGCUGGAAGGUGGGGGGCCGGUGGUUCCUGGGGAUGUGGAGAAGGGAUCCAAGGCGGUGGCUAACUCCAACCUGGGAGAGAUCCUCCCGGUGUACCGACAGGACAGUCACCUGGCAGUUCAAGGCGGCAGCCACGAGUUUCCAGGAGAAGGCACGUACCUCCUCAAGUUCGACAACUCCUACUCCUUAUGGCGGAAUAAGACUCUGUAUUACAGGGUUUACUAUAGUGCCUGAGAACCCAAGAACAGAAUCUGCAAAAAAAAAAGUUUCAAUCAUAUAUAUUUUUGAUCAUAUAUAUAUUUUACAGCACUGUAUACGUCAUUCCUGCUAUUGUUGAUUUGUAAGUUUAAUUUUAUGUAGCUGCAAUCAUUGGCCCAAUCGGAUCAAACACUUUUGCUAUUCUAUAUGAAGUGUUUUUAAACUUAAGUGGAUCAUGACGCUUGGCCUAUGUGCAAUGUGUUCCAUGUAUUUUUCAAAUGCUAUGUGCAAAGAAUUUGUGAAGUGCCCAUAUGUGUUGUAUUUACAUUGUCUUCUCCCACCCCAACAUGACUGUGGCCUCAGUAAUCAGGAAGUCUAGUGGAUCAGGGAAGUGGUUAUUCAGGUCAAAUGGGUGCUCAUCGCUGUUUAGUGAAUAUGGAAGCAGAUGGAGAAAGCCAUUGUGUGUGUGUGUGUGUGUGUGUGUGUGUGUGUGUGUGUGUGUGUGUGUGUGUGUGUGAGUGAGGUGGUAACAGCCACUAUUGAAUCAAGUGGUGAUGAAUACUAUAGCUUUUUUUUUUUUUAUUUUCAUAUUCAGGUUCUAUAUAAAACAACCAAUGCAGAUGAAUUACAUAAAAUAUAUGCUGAUUAUUUCAGUAGCCUUAUGGUACUUCUAUAGAGAGUAGCACAUCAGUUAUAUAUUUCAAAGCUGACUCCUACUGCCGACAACAUCUAUUAAAUCGGUCACUAGGGAUACAACUCCAGCAAAUGGUUAUGGUCUGCCUUUUUAUGACUUAAAUGGAUACCAUUUCCUGUUGUGAAAAGCUAAUUCGUUACAUGACUGAUUCAAUAUUUACAACUGCCUCAUCCAUUUUGCUGGAGGAAGGGUGAUUUGGCACCUGAUUGGUCUCUGAGUGGUCAGAUCUUUAUAGACGAUGACAUUUGCUUUUUAGAAAAUGUUCUGAUGUGUAAAUAUCUGUAGCUUUCUCUGUAUGUGUGUGUUAAAUGUGCAAUGUUACACAAAGCUCUACACUGAGCUGUAGUGUUCUGGUGAUUUUAACUUUUUGCAAAUAGCUCACUGAAUACCAAAUCACUUGUGUUGAUGGGACCUGUGUGAGAGCACUAGGGGAUGGUCAGCAAGCUACAGCCCAGGGGACCACGUCAGACAUGCCUGCGGCCAGGCUAUAAUCACAGACCACACCAAGAUUUUUUAAUUACUAUUUAUGGUUUUAUGAUUUGCAUGUCUCCAAAGUACUGAACCCUGAAAGGCACAUGGGGGGAGGGAAACAUACAUGUACUUUUGCUAGAUUUUUUGGAGGGGGGGGGGGGCACCUUCCACUGCCCCAAUGUCCUGGCCAGGGCUCAGUACCAGAAGGACUGUUUGACUGUGCUGCUGAAAUACCUAAAACUGCCAUUGUGGAGUUUGUUUAUUUUUUGGUCUACUAUGUCAUUCUUUGUGAUGUAUGAAUAUAUGAUGUCUAUUGCCUUUACAUAGCUUUUUCUGAUCUUUGUCCAAAUAAAUAUGAAUAAGCAUUGGCG